AUGGCUGAUGCCAUGUCAGAGGGAGGCGAGGAAAUGGCCUCUCUCCCGGUCACCGACGACCUCCUAGCGGAGAUCUUCCUCCGGCUGCCCACCGCCGCCGACCUCAUUCGCGCCUCCGCCGUCUGCGUCUCCUUCGGCCGCCUCAUCACCACGCGGUCCUUCAUCCGGUGCUUCCGCAAGCUCCACGUUCCGCCCCUCCUCGGCUUCAUCGACGAGGAACAGAUCUUCCACCCCGCCGCCCCGCCUCACCCCUCCGCGGCGGCAGCCAGUGCAACCGCACUCGUGGCCGACUUCUCCUGCUCCUUCCUCCCCACCCCAGCUCGUGCUCGCGUCUGGGUCCACCGGGACAGCCGCGACGGCCGUAUCCUCCUCGACACCGACGAAGCCGCCGUCUUCAAGGAGAUGGCGGUCUGCGACCCCUUGCAUCGGCGAUACCUCCUGCUUCCCCCCAUCCCCGACGACCUGGCUGCUUCCGUGGAGGACCCGCUCGCUGUAGAGGCCUUCCUCGUUCCUCCGAGCGACGAAGAGCAGGAGGCUGCUGAAGAGACGUCAUUCCGGGUGAUCUGGAUGGGGCAGUGCACAACUAAGGCGCUCACCUUUGUCUUCUCUUCCAACACCGGACAAUGGCGAGCCAUUUCUCCCGUGUGUUGGAACGAUUUGUUCCCAAGCUUGGUACCAUCAGAAGACACUCUCUUCCACUUUCGGCAAUACGCAUAUGGCUGCUUUUACUGGACAUCAGACUCUGAUGCGGAAACCGAUAUGUUGGUGCUUGACACUCGGAGGAUGGAGUUCUCCGUAGCUCAACCGCCAGAAGAAGCCAAAUCUUCUUACGGUUUGGCUAUGGCUAUGGUGGAGGCAGGAGAAAACAGGCCUGGGAUGUUUACGGUGACGAGCGACACAUAUGCCCUCAGUUAUUGCAUUAGGCGAAACAAAGAUGGGAGUUUGACCCAGUGGGACAAGAAUAAAACAAUUCCACAAGGCCCUGGCCGCUUCCUGAUAGGUUCAGUUCCAGGGUACUUGCUCUUGUAUAACUACGGAAGAGGCUUUUACACACUGGACGUCAAAACAUUCAAGCUUGAGAAGAUAUGUCAGGCUAUACUGUAUUUCUUCCUUAAUCUACACUCAUAUAGCAAUUUCCCACCAUCAUUCUUGUCGUGGCCGACAAUAUCAACUGGUAAAUUUUCUUUCACGUCCUAA